AUGGCACAAGUGACAGUAGACACUCUAAAAAUAGAAGAUAUACCAGUCAUUUCUGAAUUUCCUGAAAUAUUCCCUGAAGAUCUACUAGGAUUACCCCUAGAAAGGCAAGUCAACAUACUUAUCUAUUCUCGUAAUAAGAAUGAUCACGAGAAACAUCUUAGAUGUAUUCUUGAUUUUCUAAAGCAAGAAAAGCUUUAUGUAAAAUUCUCAAAGUGCGAGUUUUGGCUUAGAGAAGUCCAGUUCUUAGGACAUGUCAUUAGUGAACAAGGAAUCCAAGUGGAUCCAUCUAAGAUAGAAGCAAUCAUGAAUUGGGAAGCACCUAAGACUCCAUCUGAAAUUCGCAUCUUCUUAGGGUUAGCUAGUUAUUAUAGAAGGUUCAUUGAGAACUUCUCGAGAAUAGCCACUCCCUUAACUAUUCCCAAGAAUGCUAAGUUUGACUGGGGGGCGAAUCAGAAAGAAUCUUUCGAGAUUCUUAAAUAG